GUAGGACUUGGACGUCGAGUGCACCGACACGGUGGCCGCUUCGAUGGCGAUCACGGUGAGCCCGGCGACCAGGAAGAGGCUGGCAAAGGUCAAGAGGACGAUUCGCGAUGGCAACUGAGGCUUGGGUCGGCCCGACUCGAGGAAGGGCGCGUAGGUCGGCGGCGUCGCGACGGACUGCCCGUUGUUGUACGACGGAUUGGACGUCUUCUCGGGCAGUUCUUGGUCGACCAUAUUAUCCAUUCCGACCGGUCGACUGGCAACGCGGUUACGAAAUCGGCAACGAACUCACCGGCCGUCGGAAGAGAAAGUUGGAGUCCUGCUCUACGGCGGACUUGUCUCGCACUCGUACUCGCACUCGCACUCGCACUCGCACUCGGAUCGGGAGUCGGUAGGUCAGUCGACUUAGCCGAACGGCUGAGCAAGUGGGACUCGGGCGUCGGAAUCGGAGUCGGAGUCGGAAUCGGAACGUCUCGGGAUCGAGUUCGACUGAGGCCAGAGCUAGAGGCAGGCCCGGUUGACGAAUGA